CGUGUUCUGUUUUAUAUCGUUUCGCAGAUAUUUAUUGACAUACACAUUCGCAUUUUAAAGGGAUACAUAUUUCGUCGGCUUUUGUUAUAUAGUUAAAAUUUUUUUCGUGUAAAAAGAUUUUUGUGCAAAUAUUAUAAUGGGAUAUGAUGAUCGUGACCGUGAUCGUGAUAGGCGCCGCCAUCGUUCCCGCUCUCGUGACCGGCACCGUGAUCGUUCUAGGGACCGCCGCCACCAUCGGAACUCGCGUCGCAAGCCAUCAUUAUAUUGGGAUGUGCCACCGCCUGGAUUUGAGCAUAUAACACCCAUGCAGUACAAAGCCAUGCAGGCGUCGGGUCAAAUCCCAGCAAGCGUAGUUCCAGAUACGCCGCAAACAGCUGUGCCCGUGGUGGGGUCAACUAUAACUCGUCAGGCGCGUCGCUUGUAUGUGGGCAACAUUCCGUUCGGUGUCACCGAGGAGGAAAUGAUGGAGUUUUUCAAUCAACAAAUGCAUUUAGUUGGUUUAGCACAAGCCGCUGGCAGUCCAGUGCUGGCAUGUCAAAUUAAUUUGGACAAGAACUUCGCUUUUCUCGAGUUCAGAUCUAUAGACGAGACCACCCAGGCGAUGGCCUUUGAUGGCAUCAAUUUGAAAGGACAAGACCUCAAAAUAAGGCGCCCACACGAUUAUCAACCAAUGCCCGGCAUCACGGAUACGCCAGCAGUAAAACCCGCUGUUGUGUCAAGUGGAGUCAUCUCAACAGUGGUACCCGAUUCACCCCACAAAAUAUUUAUAGGUGGUCUGCCCAAUUAUUUAAAUGAUGAACAGGUGAAAGAAUUAUUGCUAUCAUUUGGUAAGCUAAGAGCGUUUAACCUUGUUAAGGACGCAGCCACAGGCUUAAGUAAAGGGUAUGCCUUUUGUGAAUACGUUGAUCUAAGCAUUACUGAUCAGUCAAUUGCUGGAUUAAAUGGUAUGCAGCUGGGAGAUAAGAAACUGAUCGUUCAACGUGCCAGCGUGGGUGCCAAAAAUGCUCAGAAUGCUGCUAAUACAAGCCAGUCAGUAAUGUUGCAAGUGCCGGGCUUGUCAACGGUAGUGACAUCCGGUCCACCCACUGAAGUUCUUUGCCUAUUGAAUAUGGUCACUCCUGAUGAGCUGCGCGAUGAAGAGGAGUAUGAGGACAUACUAGAGGAUAUUAAGGAAGAAUGUACGAAAUAUGGAGUCGUUCGUAGCGUUGAGAUACCGCGUCCGAUUGAGGGCGUAGAAGUUCCUGGUUGCGGCAAAGUAUUUGUCGAAUUUAACUCGGUACUCGAUUGUCAAAAGGCUCAACAGGCGCUGACUGGCCGGAAGUUCAGCGAUCGAGUUGUUGUUACAUCAUACUUUGAUCCAGACAAAUAUCAUAGGCGCGAAUUUUAAAUCAGUUUUACGUAUUUCACACAUUCAAUUUGUCAAAUAAAAGCAGAUAGUAAACAACAAAAAUUUUAAAUCAUAUAAUAAAAUACCAAUUCAUGAAUUUUAUCCAA